AUGGCCCUCCAUGCCAGUGUCCGUGGGGUCCUGCUCAUCAGACACACAAGUGCAUCUGCUUUGCUCAGCCAGAGCAGUGGCAUGGGCAGCUCGCCCUCAGACUGCUGCCUGAAGCACAGCUCGAAUAACAUCCCACCCAGUGUGGCGAAGUCCUACAUCCUCCAGGGACCUGAGUCAGGAUGUAUGAAUCCUGCUGUUGUGAUUGUCACCAAGAAGAAAGUCAAGAUCUGUUUUUCUCCUGCGAGAUCAGACAUCCAGGAGAUCAUGAAGAAACUGGACAAGGAGAAGCAGGACAGGAAAGACAAGAAGGAACGGUCCCAGCAGUCUGGGAGCAGAUCCAAGGGGCAGAAGCGGCAGCAGGUCUAA